CAACCCCAGCAGCAGCUUGUUGCUGUGUGUUGGAUGCCGAGGGAGGGAAGCAGGGAGGAGUUUGGCUCAGGCAGCUUUUGCAUUCAGUUGUCCGCCUUUAUAAUGUAGCCAGGACGUCACAGCCAUGUACUGUAACACAAGAAGUUAAAGAGGCAGAGGGGAAACAGCCACCCCUCAACUUCUAGUCCUUAACAAAGGCAGAGGCAGGCAGGGAUCUGUCAAGAGAACCCGGCGCCAAGAGGGGGAGGAAAACACAACGGGGGGGCUCGAAGAGAUCCAGGGAGGCGCAAUUAAUGGAGGAGGAACGUUUUAAGGAGGCGAGGGAGGGGGCAAUUGAGCUCAGGCGGCCCCAGCGAUGUCCUAUUGGAUUACGUGGGGAUCUUGUUGCUGGUGAAGCAUAGUGGCGUGCAAGAAAAGAAUAUAAAGAAGAUAUGAAAGAUCUAUGCAUCAGGCAGUUCUGGAUCUGAAUGUUUGCUGAAAAUAAGACCUACUAAUGUGUAUUAGUGUUUUCAAGGCACAAGUACAUAUUUUUCUUUUCCAACAGGCCCUUCCCUCUGUCUGGCCAAAUUUCUGUCCUGGGUUACAUGCCAACAACCUCAUUGACAUUGAAAUUUCAGGGGUGUAACUAAGGGUGCUCGUUGCUGUCCACUUACAGAACGUACAUGAAUAAAGUGACACCUCAGACUCCUUCGAGCAAUUGAUAGGGGAAACUUUAACCUGAGAAUGAAGAGAUAAACACUCAGCGGAACCGUAUGAUUGAAACCACAGCCCAGGCCUCUGCUGUUGGACAAGGCUUUGUCCUUUUGCCCUGUAGAACUGAUGUUGCAGUAGUUCAGAUGGAUCGCAGCAAGGAGGCAGAGAUGGAAUUACGAAGAUCUUCUAGUCCUAGCAAGGUAAACAAGAGCGACAUUGAUGGAGACAAGUCCAUGUGCCACAGCUGCUGCAUCUGUGGCAAGAGUUUUCCUUUUCAGAGCUCCCUGUCUCAGCACAUGAGGAAGCACACAGGAGAGAAGCCCUAUAAAUGUCCUUACUGCGAUCAUAGAGCUUCGCAAAAGGGCAAUCUGAAGAUACACAUUCGGAGUCACAGAACAGGCACUUUAAGUCAGGGGCAUGAGGUAGAGAUGGGAGAAGCACACCUUGGAGAGAUGGGAGUCUCAGAAGGCCUUGACGGAUGCACCAGCCCCACCAAAAGUACAUCUGCCUGCAACAAGAUUCUGAACGGGGCAACUCAGGCAGACAACAGCAAGAUUUUGUUGAGAAGCAGCAAGAAGGAGGUUGUCACAGAGGCACCACCUGCAGAAGAUGGUAAGCUACCCACUUAUCAGUGCACCUUCUGCAAAAACAAGUUUGAGAGAAAGAAAGACCUGGAACAGCACCUACAUCAAGUCCAUAAGCCGUACAAAUGCAGGCUUUGUAGCUACAUGACAUUAAGAGAAGAGACACUGUUAAACCAUAUAGAGAAAGACCAUAUUACAGCUCAAAUUCCAAACGGGGAAGCUUACACCGAGAAUUGCAAGAGUGAGCUGAAUGCAGGGGAAUUUCCUUGUGAAGUCUGUGGUCAGGCCUUCAGUCAAACCUGGUUUCUCAAAGCUCAUAUGAAAAAGCAUAGAGGAUCAUUUGAUCAUGGAUGCCACAUUUGUGGCAGAAGAUUUAAAGAACCCUGGUUUCUCAAAAACCACAUGAAAUCACACGGUCCAAAGACGGGGAGCAAAAACAAACCAAAAAAUGAUUUAGAGCCCAUAGCCACUAUUAAUAAUGUGAUACAGGAGGAAACAAUUGUGACUGGCUUAUCUCUGUAUGAAGUUUGCACCAAGUGUGGGAAUCUGUUUACAAAUAUGGAAAGCCUAAAAGCACACAAUGCUGUACACUUGAGAGCUCAGAGAAGCAGUACUGAAAACAAGGCUGAGGGGUUAAUUGAUGGAAGCCUAGAUCCAUCUGUAAAUAAGCAAUUUUUCUUACAGUGCCUGAAUCUGAGGCCAGCUGUAGGGAUAGAUAGAGUUACAAGUGGACAGCCUGGAAAAAGGGUAGCUGAGCUGGAUCCAGUGAGUAGCUACCAGGCCUGGCAGCUGGCCACCAAAGGAAAAGUAGCGGAGCCUUCUGAGUAUGUAAAAUAUGUGGGAUGGGAUGAAGUCCUUGCUGAUGCAGAUGUGACUUAUGACAAGGAUAAAAGAGAAUAUAUUCUUGUCAGCCAGGAGAAGCGCAAGCGAGAUCAGGAUUCACCCAGCUCCUCCAGCAACCCCAAGAAGAAAAGCUGUGUCAGUGGGCGCUUGGAGAAGAACAGCAAUGUGCAACAAGGAGAAAACUGUAUCCUUGCCCAAAGCGACCUCGACUACAGACCCUCCUCAAGGCAGAGCAGAAGGGCAUCCCAAAACAAGUCUACCGAGUGCUUUGAAUGUGGAAAGAUUUUCCGCACCUACCACCAAAUGGUGCUCCAUUCGCGGGUGCACAGGAAAGAACGCAGGAGCUGCAGUGAGAGUGGGACCAUUGCUCAGCCGGAUCGGUAUGGAUCCAGCAGUGAAGAAGGGGAUUCUGGUUCUGUUAGUGGGCCAAGCACUCCAGGCUCAGCAUCUGCCCCCGAAGAUUCUGUGACCUCUGGAAUGGGUGAGGAGGGUGCUGAGGACAGCUCUGAGGAAGGAGUAUCUGAACCAUCACUAGGUAAGCUCAUACACAACAUUUCUCCCCCCUUUUUUCCUAUGUUACCUUUUCUUUGUCUCUAGCUCUUUUAGAUCCCUUGCCUCUUUAGCCUCCUGGGGCCUGAAUGUGGGACA